AUGAGGCCUAGUCGGAUUCGCAAAGACCCACAGAGGAACCGUGUGUACCAGUGGCAAGAGGUGGAGCUAAAUGGGGGCCUCACCCAGCUCUCCUUCCCCCUCACCUCCGAGCCCAUCCAAGGCACCUACAACGUGGUGGUGCAGAAGGAGUCGGGGACCAAUCUCGAACACUCCUUUACUGUGGAGGAAUAUGCUUUCGCAUACACCUAUGGGACCCCUGUCCCCAGCCUGGUGAAUGUCCGUGUGUGCCGGAGAUUCUCCCAGUCCAGGUCACACUGCUAUGGAAGAGAGGCCGAGUCUGUGUGUGAGGAAUUCACCAGACAGGCGGACGUUCGAGGCUGUGUCUCCAAUGUGGUGAAGACUAAAAUAUUCCAGCUCAAGCGAAAGGAUUAUGAGAUGAAAAUUGAGGUUGAAGGCAAGAUCACGGAAGAGGGUACAGGGGUGGAGUUAACUGGGACAGGCUCCAGUGAGAUCACAGGCACCAUGAGCAAAAUCAGCUUUGAGCAGGUGGACUCUCAUUACCUACCAGGGAUCCCCUUCUCCGGGCAGGUGAAGCUGGUGGAUGGGACCGAUGCUCCAAUCGCCAACGAAACAAUCCGGAUUUCCAUAGGGGGAAACAACUACGAAGCCAACUACACAACGAAUGAAGAGGGUAGAGUCUGGUUUUCCAUAGACACUAUCAACUUCACAGACACCUCCAUUCAAAUCACCGCAAACCAUAAAUCUGAACUGAACUGUUACGACAGAGACUGGGUCACCCCUGAGUAUGGUAACGCCGUUCACACAGCAACACGCUUUUACUCUCCGAGUAAGAGCUUUCUCAAAAUCGAGCCCCUGUCUCAGACUUUAAGCUGCGGCUCCAAUGAGAUGGUCCGGGUGCACUACAUCCUGAAGCCAGAGGCCGUGGGGGAGCAGAAGGAAAUCGUCUUUUACUAUGUGGUGAUGGCCAAAGGAGGCAUCGUGAGGGCAGGCACCGAGGUGCAUCCCGUGGGGGAUGGAGAACAUAUCCAGGUAUUUGAGGUGAGGCUCCCUGUGGAGCCUGAUAUCGCCCCCCUGGCCCGGGUACUCGUAUACAUCACUUUACCCAGCGGGGACGUUAUCGCCAAUUCCGAAGAUUUCAAGAUUGAAAACUGCUUUGCCAAUAAGGUCGACUUGCAUUUCUCACCGGCCGAGGGCCUCCCCGCCUCUGACACUCACCUCCGGAUCGGAGCCUCCCCGGGCUCCCUGUGCGCCGUCCGUGCUGUGGACAAGAGCGUCCUCCUCAUGAAGCCUGAAGCCGAGCUCUCGCCCAGCUCUGUGUAUAAUUUGCUCCCGGUAAAGGAGAUCAGGGGUUAUAAUUACCGGGAGCAUCAUUUGGAGGAAGAAGACGAUAAUCCUUGUGUGGAACUCGACGACGUCAUUAUAAACGGAUUCAUCUACGGACCCAUUUCUCCUGACGGUGAAGGGGACGCCUACAAUGUUCUCAAGAACAUCAGACUACUGGUCUAUAUAUGGCUGUGUCCUGCCUCCUGA